GAAUGUGAUCAAGUCCAUAUUGACGAUGUUUCAUCCGAUGAUAACGGGCAAGAUUUAAGUAAUUAUAACUUCGCGACUGAUGGAUUCCAUGCAGCAGCUAAUAACGCUACGUUAUGCCUAGCAACGGGAGUACGGGGAGGUGUUGAUUGGAUGAGAAAAUUAGCGUUCCGAUAUCGCCGAAUGAAAGAGAUUUAUAAUACAUACAGAAAUAAUGUUGGAGGAUUAUUGGGUACCCCGAAACGUGAACAGUGGUUACAACUACGACAGGAAAUAGAACAAUAUACUGAUAACUGGUUAACAACGGCUUUACGUUCUCUUUCUAUUAUAAACUCUAGGACAAAUUGUGUAAAUGUUUUGGUGACUACAACACAACUAGUUCCAGCUCUAGCUAAAGUUUUAUUAUAUGGUUUGGGCGGUGUCUUUGAUAUAGACAAUAUAUAUAGUGCUACAAAAAUAGGAAAAGAAAGUAGUUUUGAAAGAAUUGUAUCUCGUUACGGUAGAAAAUGUACGUACGUCGUCGUGGGUGAUGGUCGAGAUGAAGAAACAGCGGCCAAACAGGUAAAUAUUAUUAACAUUAGUCUUGGCUUGUUCCGAAACCUUUAUAUUACAUAUUAUACAUAUCAUCAAUGA